AUGGCGGAAGUUAAGGACAACCUGGGUCCCUAUAUCCUCGAGAACGCGCUGGCGGCUGACCGCGGCGAUGACAACUGCUUCAUACUCGAUGUCGGUCGCAACAACGAAGGCGAUAUAGUCUCUUCGCUCGAGCACGUUAUCGAGCAAGUCGAUGAUUACCUCAUCAAUGUGUACGACCGUCUUGCUCCGGUGAUCAAGCUCUACAUCGUCGGCGAGUGGAAGCCGACCCUGCCGAAGAAGAGCGAUGAGAAGAUCGGUAUGCCUGAGGAGCAGAAGCAAUACGUGAACGAGCCGCAUCCUCAUAUCAAGCCUGAGAAAGAAUGGCACGACGCGGGCGAACAAAUCGCGAAGCUCGUUCAACAGAUGCCUGCGCUAAAGGAGUUGACGUAUGCAUAUCCUCUUGCUACACCUUACCUAUCCGCUAAUGAGUCUAGUUGGGUCUCUGGCCUACCGUUCAUGGCCGUCAUCUGGGAGAAGCUGUCCACUUCACUCACGAAGCUUGUCCUCGACCUUGGCCAGCCCGUUCGCCUCCAACAGGACGGCAAGAUUGAGUACAAGUCGUACAUCACCCCAGCAGAGAUGAAGCCCCUCGUUCAGCAGAAGGAACUUAAGGAGCUUCGGCUAUUCCGUAUGCAUGAUUCUUACCAGUCCAUCUACUGGGAGACUGUCUUUCGCAACACGUCCGAGACCGGCAUGCGUGUCCUAGACCUCAACAUGGCGGCCCCCCCAAUCGUGCGUCAGGGCCACUGGCACAAGGCUGAAGACGUCCGUGGCUUGACCGUUUCGAAGGCAGAUUCUAAAGAAAAGGAGUACAAGGGCGUUGAUGGAAAGGGAGUCCUACACUACUUCUUCGGCACCGGCGAGUAUCUCGAUGAUUUCAGCAUGCGCAAAGGACGUAUUGCCGCAGGCUUGGAGGCUAAGCCGCUCCCAUUGUGGUGCCUCAAGCUUGACGGUUUCGUUGUCGACUACCUGCCCUUUGAGCAAGAGCUCUCUCGUAUCGCAUUGUUGACUUGCGGCAAGAACUGUAUCGAUAGCGGCAUGCGAGCUCUGAAGACUCCUCACACUCCUCACAGCAACAAUCAAGGCGAUGUCGUCCCCGAGGGAACCGGUCUUUCGACUCCAGCUGAACAACAUCCCUCACUAUUCUCCCCAGUCCCGCUGACCAAAGAGUCCCUCCAUAUGAAGGAUCUUGGCGAGGCCUUGGAUGGCGCCAUCAAAGACGAUGGCUAUCUCUCAGCUCAGCCGCUGUCCGUUCCCGCAACUGGUCGUGACGCCUCGCUGAUUGUGGUGUCGAAUGUCUCGACCUAUGGCUUCAAGACCACAACGUCUGUAGCCCCCUUGACCACUCGAAGCUCCCCCAACAUGCCUGAGGUGCCUGCUGCUACCGGCAACAUCGGUUCUGGCGCAAUCUCCCCAGCUGGCGAGAGCCUAGUACUUGUCGAUAGCGCGGCGUCCACUGCAGACUCUGUAUUCUCCAACGAUAGUAGUUACGACCAGGUCAGCCCCGUAGAUAUCGACGAAAUCUCCAACGAUUCUACCUCGGCCGCCAAAUAUAGCUUCAAGCACAAGACAUCUUCACGAGACCACGACCGCGACGGCCCAGCGCCACUGUUCGAAUACCGAACCUCCCUCCAGCUACGCCAGGAGCAAGCCGACGCCUUCUAUCGCACGCAGCACAACCACUCGAGAGCAUCAAGUUCGACUGGUAGCGUCGCGAACAGCCUUCGCCGUACGCCCAACUUUGAACGCGCCAGAUCAGUCGAUCCGAGCCAACAACAGCGCGUUCGCUUCGAGACACCUCGCCCUCGCUCAACCCCCUACGCUGAGCCUCACCCCGCCCUUCGCAUCAGUCGACGUACCGCCUCGGCGAUACGCUUCGUGCUCGAAGAGGGACUCCGACUUCCGCAUCCUUUCACCCCGGAUCUGGUCGAAGAAAACGCCCCCAUGUCCGACCUGACGAGUGGCCGCGCUGCCAAUGGCGGGGCCCGUACAACUGGUGGACCCGUGCCUGUCGAUCGGUCCAACAUACGUACGCCAACGCAGAUCAUGAAUGCUAGACGACAACGGGCUGAAGUGGAGGAGCAAAGGAAAGCCGCCGAGGAGGAGCGCAGGAGAGCCAGCGCGGAAAGAAGAGCCCAAGCUGUUUCUGGUGUAGCUGGAGCACCAACCGCUGAGCCUGGGACCCAGAGGCAGCCCCAAUCAGCUCCUCUAAGAUCUGGUGACCAAUAUGUACAAUACCCGACUUCGUCGGGUGGAGUGCCACGUCAACCAGAGAGGCCAAUCCCAUCACAAAAUACCUUGAACGAAGCGCAAGAGCCCACAGGCGCAUCACAAUCCAGACCUCGGGCAGCUUCGCAAACACAGCAGCAACCGUCUCGACCCACUCAGGCAAACCUAGGUCUGCCGACGACGGCAGAGCAAAGCAGGAGACCAGCUGGCUCAGGUCAUGCCCGGCGACCGUCCGGUGCCACGGCCUCAUCACAAGCAGGACCCUCAACUGCUGCACCACGCCCGCCGCCUCCGCCAGGUUCAUCCACUGGACAAGCUCGGGAGUCCACAACCUCCAACUUCCCACAUGCGUUCGAACGCUGGGAAACUCUAUCAUCACAUUGGGAGGGUCUUACCUCUUACUGGAUACGGCGACUUGAGCAGAAUACCGAUGAAGUUCGCAGAGAGCCACUGGCCCAGCAAAUGUCUAGGCAAAUCACCGAUCUAUCGGCAGCUGGCGCCAACCUUUUUCAUGCUGUCGUCGAACUACAACGCUUACGCGCGUCUUCCGAACGCAAAUUUCAAAGAUGGUUCUAUGAACAUCGCCAGGAUCAGGAAAGGGCUCAAGAGCGCGAAGCGCAGCUCACAGAACAAAUCAACUCGGAGCGCGAGCUUCGCCUUGAGGCUGAAGCAAACAUGGAGCGCAUGGCCACUGAGAAGAAGAAUGCCGAACGAGCGGUGUCUGAGAUGAAGCGUGAGCUACAAAUCUCGAAAGAAGAAGCACGCCGAGCAUGGGAGGAGCUUGGAAGGCGAGAACAAGAAGAGCGUGAUCGCACAUUCUCGCUGAGGGAAGGUCAACCUACGUUGGUUGGCGGAGUGCAGGUGGUUCCGAUGGCGCAGAACAUGGGACGUCAAGGGAGGGGACAUGGGGAUGAUACUUAUGCUGGUGCGCAGAGCAGCAGCGAGGGCAUCGAACAACACUACUCAUACGAGGAAGGCCAAUCACCGACCGACACCGAUCCCUUCACUGAGAGCGCUCGCCAUGCGCGCCGAGAGCCUGAGGCGCCUGCACACGUGGCUCAAGGAACCUACGUCCCAUCAGGCGCAGCAUCAGCUACAUCAUCUCGGCCUACUGGCUCAUCCGUUGCGGACGAAUCUCUUGCUCCUGCUCCUUUACAAUAUCCAUACUAUACGUCUCAAGCACAGCAGGCACCUAGUCAGCCGGCCAUGUCGCAGCCAGAGGCCUUCUAUCAGCAGCCUGCAUCCUAUUUACACCAGGAGUCCGAAUCUGGUCUCCCAGAUGACGAGCAGUCGUACGUUACUUCUCAGGCAGAGUCAGAAGGCGACAUUGAGUACGCCCUGGAUGAGAGAGGCAACUUUAUACGCGACGAUUCGGGCCGCCGCAUCCCUUUUCGAUCUCUUCAGUCUCCAGUAUCGGACGAGUACGAUGUAGACGACGCACGCCAACGUGAGCUUGAGCAUCUACAGCACUAUGGCACAACUGCCACUUCUCAGGGUGGCUACGCAACCAGUUCGGGCGCGGGAUCUUCGCAGCAGGGCCAUCCUACCGCUGGUGGUCGACCUGACUACAGCGGCGAUGGUUACGGCGACGAGUGGGUAGGGAUGAGACAUCACCAUCCUACCAGAUUGAGCGACGUGCCUGAGGAAGAUGAGAGGAGCCGAACGUCGCCCAGCAGAGCAAGUCAGGCCAGCCGAGGACGAUUGUAUUAG